CCCGCCGAGUGCGACCUGACCACUCGAGAACCGCUGGGUGGCCUGUUGCUACGCUCCUGUUAUGGAGUCUCACAGUUUGGAGACUGAAGGGGAGAUCCUUCACAAGUCGCCAAUGAUCCAUGGGAAGGAGCAGCUCCGACAUGGACACAAACCCGCCGUCCUGCUGCCCGUGGUGAGUGUCCUUGCGGGGCCCAGGGCUUUUUCCGCAGCAGCAGCAACAGCAGCUCGCCUCUCCAGGACUCAGUCCACAAGCAAUCAUUCUCCAGAGACGUCUCUUUCUCCAAUAGACACCAUGAAUUCUCUUUCCAAUUUUGAAUCGGAAAUGGAUCAUGAUGGACAGGGAAAUUAUUCUCUUUUCCCAGCCCUCGAUAAUGUGACCAUCUUGCCUGCAAACAGUGAAGCACUAGAAACCGAGCCAACAUCUGAUGUGAGUGACAAUCCAAACAUGACGUGGUUGGAUGCUGCUCAGAUUGUUCUGGAGGAAGCUGGAAUACCCCUGCACAUCAAGGAAAUCAAGCAGCGAGUACUGGACCGAGGACUCGUGCAGUCAAACUCUAAAUCCAGCCUGGAAGCUGUCCUCUAUCGAGAGACUCAGAAAGGAAGUAGACGAUUCAAGAGGCUGGAGAAUAAAAAUGGGAUAUUUACCUUACAAAUGGAAAAAGAACAUCAGCAGCUUCUCCCGAGCUACACAGCACAGCCUUUCCUUGUGCCUGUGACUCACCCAACUGAGUAUCCUAAUCCCCAGUUAAUGGACCACCUCCCCAGCUUCCCUUCCCCCUCCAUGUUCCAGGACUCCAAACCUAAAGUGAAAAAAGUUCUGAAGAAAGCCCUGAAUGAGAAGUACAGGACUAAGUAUCUCAGACUGCGGAAGACUGUAAAAGCUUUGAUCUUUGAGAAUGCUGCUCUGUGUGAUGAAAUCGCUUACAUGGAACUGAAGUUUUUCCGAACUAAAGAGGAAAGAAGGUUCCUGUUAAAGAAGUUGUUGCAGCACCAGAGCUUCUGUGAUGGCGCAGACCUGACAGGGAGUGCUGGCACCAUACUUGCCCCUACCAUGUACAGUGUACCCACAGGAAGCAGCCAAGUGGCAGGAGUUUCAAGCCUUCCCACAACACCAGUCGCCAGCACUUCAGCUGGAGAGGAGGCUUUGGGGAAAAAGUCAAAGAAAGACAAGAGGGACAAAGGAAAAGAUAAUGGCAAAGACGAUGAUGCUGCCUGACCUGAUGAGUAUCUCCAUUAUUAGCUGUUUUUAUUCGAGGAGGGAAAUAUUAACAGAUGCAGGGCGGCAUGUCCAAGACUAGAGGUUAGGCUGAUCUACGCAGAUGAGGGAAAUGAGAUUUGGAAAGUGAUGAUUAAAAGUAAAGGGCGGGUGUCAGUUAAGUGUUGCUUUAAAUCUGUAGAAAUCAUGGAUAUAUUUGCUGAACUAGUCUGAUAAAACUUCACUAUUUCCCAGUUUUAUGGUGUUAGAAUGAUUAUCAGCGUCAAUAGAGAAACAUUGGAGGAAAUACAUUCAGUAUUCCCACUACUUGAGUGCAGAGACCCCAGUUAUCUCCAUUUCCUUCCUCCAGUGAACUUGCUGACUACUUGUUUCUUGAAUUUUACCAAUCCCUGAUACCUGUAUGUAUCCAAGAUCUCGGGUAAUUUUUUUUAUAUAAAUGAGGCAGGAUACAGAUGGAGUCCAAGUCCUACAUUAUGAAAACUGAUCCUUUGACCAUUUGGCACCUAUUUUAUACAAACAUCAUUGUCUUCUCCACAUUUCCACAAAAUUAACCUCCCAGAUUCAACCACUUCCUACAUACCAAGAGCCAUUCAAAGUGGCCUAUUAACCUGCCAAUCACUGUGGGAUGUGAGAGGGAAAGGAAUUAUCCAGGAAAAACUGAUGUUCACGGCAAUGAUGUGCAGGCUGCACACAAACAGCAUUAGGAUUGAAGCCAGGUCAUUGGAACUGUGAUGCAGCAGCUUUACCAGUGGUGCACUGGAUAUCAAGGCCACGGUGUACCAGCCACGGGAAUAUUUGAGAGAGCUUUACUCUGUGUCCUCACCAAGAUGAACUGGCUAAAAUGCAUUUAUGGAGCAACGUAUAGAGUGCUUUACUUAAAUUGUGUGCACCCUAUCUGACCUGACCUGGGAGAGUUUGUUGAGUAGAGGGAACUCUGUCCUGUGCAAUGCAGGUCAGGCGUAAUGCAGGAGUGUUUUGUAGGACAGUUUGGAGAGAGCUUGACUUUGUAUCAAACCUAAGCUGUAUCUGUCCUGGAAGAGUUUGAUGGAAUAGUGCAGGAGUUCUGGAGUGCUGACACCAUCAGAAAAUGAAUACCAGCUCUCCAUCAAGAAAAUAUUUAUCAAUGUUUGUCUCUUGUCGCAGACUAAAUCAAUUUUGUUUAAAGUAGGUAUUGUGGUUUUUACUUCCAGAGAACUUCUCAGCAGUGUUUGGAUUAACAAAGGGGUUAAACUGUACAACUAUAACAUUUUGUUAAUAUAAACUUGAUAGAAUAUUUUGAAUUUAUGUAAAUAUGCAUUUGUUAUUAAAUUUUGUCUGUUUGAACCAAACUGUGAGACUUAAAUCUUUGCUUAUCUCAGGUUAGAACAGUAAGUUCCUGCAUUGGCAAGAAUAUAAAAGCUGUACUCUAGUUUGAUUUUAAAAUAUACAUUUUAAUAUAUAAUAUGCAAUAGUUUCUCUCGAAGUAACAGUUAACAUUUAUUUUUAAAUAAAUGUAUUGUAUAUUGCUGCUAUUUAUUCCUGUAUUCAUCUGUUCAAUAAAUUCAUGUGGCAUUUGAAGCAAAA